CAAGUUUUUCUCUUUCAUUCAAGAUUCACUCCUCUUGCCCUCUUCCUCCUCAGAUAAGCUGUGUGGUAGGCUACUGGCUACUAGUAGGAGAGGAGUAGGAUCGUAUUUGGUUCUUCUUCUCCCUUUGCUUGGGAAGCCGGUAAGCUAGCCACGGCAUCAGUGUUGCCAGCCAGCCAGCCAGCCCCUCCCCUGCCCGUCCUCACUCGCACUCGCAGAGAGAAGAGAAGAGAAGAGAGGAGAGAAUCCACAUUUUGUUCUCAUCCUCAUCAAUCCUCUAUCUCUCUUUCCUUUCCAUCAAAUCACAAUCUUUGUUUAUAGAGUGUAUGUAGCCCAACAGUGGCCGCAUUGUCUCUACUCCCUCCCUCUUCUUCCUUCCUUCCUUGGCCCCCUCCCAACUCGCUCCCGAGCAACCUGCAGGCUGCAGCUUCGACCCUGGGCUGCUCGCUGCAUGAGCGCUGUGCUCCCCUGAGCUGAGCCUGCGCUGAGCAAGGAAAGGAACAAUGAGAGAUGGCUGCAACACCACCAAGAAGAGCAAGCUGUCGUGGUCCAAGAGCUUGGUGCGGAAGUGGUUCAACAUCAGGAGCAAGGCCCACGACUUCCACGCCGACGACGCCGCCGCCGCAACGGGGAGGAGAGGCGGCGGCGGCGACGAUGAGGAGUGGAGGGGCAGCAGCUUCGCCAGGAACGAGCCGACCAGCGCCGCCAAGAAGAGCCGGACGGAGCGGCCGUCCAGGAGGAGCCGCGAGCACUCGAGGCGGGGCAAGAUCGACCUCGACGCCGCCGAGGCCACCGUCACCAUGGACUACAGGAUCUUUGUUGCUACGUGGAAUGUGGGCGGCCGAUCCCCUCCCGGCGGCAUGGGGCUCGAGGACUGGCUCCACGCCGCGCCGCCCGCCGACAUCUACGUCCUCGGGUUCCAAGAGAUCGUGCCGCUGAACGCCGGGAACGUGCUGGGCACGGAGGACAACGGGCCGGCGAGGAAGUGGGUGUCGCUGAUCAGGAGGACGCUGAACGACCUGCCGGGCGCCAGCAGCGGCAGCGGCAACGGGAGCUUCCGGACGCCGUCGCCGGCGCCGCCGGACCCGGUGGCGGAGGCGGACGACGACUUCGAGGGGGCGAGGCAUCAGACCAACAACGCGGCCUUCUUCCACCGCCGGUCCUUCCACAGCCGGAGCCUGCGGAUGGAGGGCGACGCCCUGGCGCCGCAGCCCAGGCUGGAACGCCGGUACAGCGUCUGUGACCGCGCGAUCUACGGCUCCCGCCGGCCCAGCGACUACGAGGCGCACUGCCGGUGGGGCGGGUCGUCGGACGAUGACAACAACACCGGGGAGUCGCCCAGCACGGUGUACUCGCCCAUGUCGUACGGCUACGGCCACGCGCCGUCCUUGGACGACGGCCAUAGGCCAGCUUCUGGUCACACUAGAUAUUGCCUGGUUGCAAGCAAGCAAAUGGUGGGAUUGUUUCUGAUGAUUUGGGCUCGGAAGGACAUUAGGGAUGACAUCCGAAAUCUCAAGGUUUCUUGUGUUGGCAGAGGAUUGAUGGGCUACCUUGGGAACAAGGGUUCGAUUUCGAUUAGCAUGACAUUGCACCAAACAAGCUUCUGCUUCGUCUGCAGCCACCUGACAUCGGGGCAGAAGGAAGGCGAUGAAAUGCGGCGGAACUCAGAUGUGCUUGAGAUCCUCAGGAAGACCAGGUUCCCAAUGGUUUACGGGCAGUAUGAGCGCUCACCGGAAACUAUCUUAGAGCAUGAUCGAAUCAUCUGGCUCGGGGACCUAAAUUACCGAAUCGCACUUUCGUAUCGGUCAGUGAAGGCCCUGGUGGAGAUGCGCAAUUGGAAAGCAUUGCUGGAGAAAGAUCAGCUAAGGAUUGAACAAAGAGGCGGGCGGGUGUUUGCCGGGUGGAACGAGGGGAGGAUAUACUUCCCGCCGACAUACAAAUACUCGACCAAUUCCGACAAGUAUGCUGGGGAGGACAUGAACCAGAAGGAAAAGAGGAGAACUCCUGCAUGGUGCGAUCGCAUUUUGUGGUAUGGAAGGGGCCUGGGUCAACUAUCAUACGUUCGAGGCGAAUCUCGUUUCUCAGAUCAUAGGCCAGUCUACAGCGUAUUCAGUGCAGAGGUGGAGUCGAUCAACCACAGCCGAAUUCAAAAAAUGAGUUGUUCAAGCUCGCAGUUGGACAUCGGAGAGCUACUGCCCUACUCUUACGGAUACACCGACAUCAACCCGUAUGGCUACACCGACCUAAAUUUCUACUGAAAGGGUCCAUGAUCUUUGGGAAAACACCCAGUGUUCAGUCAUGCAACUAGUGAUGACAAGGCUGGCGAGAACGGGGCAAUUGGACAUAAAUGCAAGCUUCUGAAUUUCUGAUAAAUCGGUGAACGCCAUUCGUAUGUCUUGAUCAAUAUUAGUUUGCUAAGCACAAAGAGCUGAUUGUAUUUGUCACGAUCAGAGUCUUGCACAUUGGAUACUUUCAGAGAAUCAGCAAGUGCUUGGCUAGUUUCACAGGAUUCAAAUAAUUCAGUACAGGAUACAGGUGAGGACGGCGUUCUCCGAAUCCCACACAAGAUACUCUAAAGACUGCAAGCCAGUGACCACAAAGAUUCAAAUUAUUUCAUUUCACUGAAUUCAAACUUCAAAGAUAGCACUAACAAGGAACCCAGAUGACGCACCGAGAUGGUCUGUUUCCAUAUGAGACAGUACGACGAUCCAAUCAUAUGUCCAGGAGACCAUGGCCGGCCACCCCAGCAAAGAUAGAUACUGCUACUGAUGGCAUCGAAAAUCGUGCACCAGAUUAUUUCCUCCCCUUCUUCAUAUCUGCACAUUGUAUAGCAACAUUGUUGAUCCUCUCUCUCUCUCUCUCUCUCUCUCUCUCUCUCUCUCUUGAUUCUCUCUCUCCCCCCCUGUUUCAGACAGCAGCAACAAGCAGUAGCAGUAGUCCUUUGCACAGUCUA